AUGCUCUUCUGCUUGGCCAAAAUGUUAGCAUUCCCAAGGAAUGAAGCUUUUUGUUUCCUUUGGAUUUCUUGUGUUUUCCUCUCUACAUGGAUUCAGCAAGGAACUGAAGCCUUUCAGUUUGGCAAUGGGUUGUCCUUACUUCCUGACAACGUGUGUGAUUUCACAGAUCAGUGUGAGGACAAGAGUGAUGAACAGCAAUGUUCAAAUUAUGAAAGAUGUGAUUUUGAGAGUGGUCUCUGUAAUAUGACACGAGAUCAGAGUUUGCAACUGGGUUGGACAAAGAGAAAUGGGAUGACUGGUCUCUCACCUCCACUUUAUGAUCACAAUGGUGAUAUGUCUGCCCACUUCCUCUCACUGGUUUCCAAAAUGGAUUCUACAUCCACAAACCUAAGAAGUAGAGUUUUUCUUCCAACGAAUAACCAACAUGCCUGUCAGAUCACAUUUUAUUACUUCUCCAGCCAUGUGAGUGGCAAAUUAAUGGCUGGCCUUCAAACUACAUGUGAUGGUCCCAUUCAGAAUUUAUGGCAAAACACUGCUGCUCUCCAGAGUCAGUGGGAGAGAAAUGUCAUGAACAUCUAGAGCAACCAGAAAUUUCAGGUUGUUUUUCAAGGUCAAAUAAUUUCAACUCCUGAACAAAAUGAAGUCAUAGCUAUUUAUGAUAUAUCUUUCAGUUCAGGCUGCUUGCCUGCAAAUGAUGAAAUUUUACCAUGUCAAGCAUUGAAUACAGAGCAGGAACCGUGCCAUCUAGAUACAAGACUCUGCAGUUUUGAUUCUACAGAUGAAGGAUUGAGGUGUUACUAUAUAUGGGUAGGAGCUAAGGAUGCUUCUACUCUUAACCAUUUAGACAGCAGAGCUUAUUUAAAUAGCUCUGUAUGUCACUUCCUCAGCAAGAGCUGCCAUCUUCAAUUCUAUUACUCCAUGGAAAACAGUGCUCUCAGAGUAAGACUAUAUAAUAAUAAGGAGGAAGAAAUCUUUUGGACAUUCAAUACAUCAACUGACAGAAAACGGGUGAAAGCAGAGAUGUUAAUACCAGAAAGCCUGAAGACAGUUAAGAUUAUAUUUGAAGGGACUAUAUUGAGCCAGAAAGGUUUUAUUGGGUUGAAUCAGCUCUGGGUCUAUGCCUGUGCACUUGCCCCGUCCAGAAAGCUUUGCUCAGCUGAUGAAUUCACUUGUACCAGUGGCCAGUGCAUUGCCCAAAAUUCGGUCUGUGACUCUUGGCGGGACUGUUCUGAUGACAGUGAUGAAGAUCCUGCAACUUGCUCAAAUCAUCUCACGUGUGACUUUGAGUCUGGUUUCUGCAGUUGGGAGCCAUUUCUCACAGAAGAUUCACACUGGGAAGUCAAGAAAGGAUUGGCCAGUGGAGAGAACCACCUUCUGGGUGCUGAUCACAUGGCAAACACAAGUCAUGGAUCAUUCAUUUAUUUCAGAUCACAUCAAUCUCCAAGAGUGGCCAAGCUUGGAAGUCCUAUUCUUAUAAAAGCACUCACUGCUUCCACCCCAUGUCACGUGCGAUUUUGGUAUCAUUUGUCUCAGCAUUCACGUCUCUCAGUUUUUACAAGAACAUCACUGGAUGGGGAUUUGCAAAAGCAAGGUGAUCUAAUUGGAAUCUCCAAAUCUCAGUGGAAACAAGCAAAAAUUAAUCUCUAUGUGAAGCUUGGAGAAUCAACCUUACCUUUUCAGUUGAUUUUAGAAGCUACUGUUUUAUCAUCAAAUGCUACUGUUGCUCUAGAUGACAUUAGUAUGAGCCAGGAAUGUGAAAUUUCUGAUAAAUCACUUCCAGAUACCAGCAUACUAAAGAAAGGCUCCAAAUGUGACUUUGAAGCAGAUAGCUGUGGUUGGUUUGGAGCAAUUAGUGGUGACCAUUUUGAUUGGGUAUGGAACUCUAGAAGUAAACUUUUGGCUGAAUUUGAGCAACAGGCUCCACCUAGGGAUCAUACUCCCAACACAACUGAAGGGCAUUUUAUGUUCAUUCUGAAGAAAGGAAGCUUGUCACAAGUUGCCAAACUCCAGAGCCCAACGUUUAGCCAGGCAGGACCUGGAUGCAUACUUUCCUUCUGGUUUUAUGACCAUGGUCUGUCAGUGGGAGCAGCUGAGCUACAGCUACAUGUGGAAGAUUCCAACGACUCUACAGUACUCUGGAGAGUAUUGUAUAACCAGGGCAACCAGUGGUCACAGGCCACUAUUCAGCUUGGACGCCUUACUCAGCCCUUCCAUUUGUCACUAGAUAAAGUCAGUCUUGGCAUUUAUGGAGUCUCAGCUAUUGAUGACAUCAGAUUUGAAAAUUGUACCCUUCCCCUUCCUGCAGAGAGCUGUGAAGAGCUGGACUUUUUCUGGUGUUGAUGCAGCAAGGCUUGCAUAGAAAAGCUUCUGUUAUGUGAUUUGGUAGAUGAUUGUGGUGAUCACACUGAUGAGAUUGACUGUGUACCUGAGUUCCAAUGUAACUUUGAAAAUGGAAUCUGUAACUGGGAACAAGAUACAGAAGAUGACUUUGAUUGGACCAGGAAGCACGGUCCAACUUCAACACUUAAUACAGGGCCAAUGAAGGAUCAUACCUUGGGCACAGCUAAAGGACACUAUCUCUACAUAGAAUCUUCGGAGCCACAGGUUUUCCAAAACAGAGCUACUUUACUCAGCCCUGUCCUCAAUGCCACCGAUGCAGGGGGCUGCACCUUCCGCUUAUAUUACCACAUGUUUGGAAAGCAUAUUUAUAGGCUGGCCAUCUACCAGAGAGUUUGGAGUAACACAAGAGGACAGCUGCUGUGGCAGAUAUUUGGGAAUCAAGGCAACAGAUGGAUAAGGAAACAGCUCAAUCUUUCCAGCAGGCAGCCUUUUCAGACUUUGGUGGAGGCUUUUGUAGGAGAUGACUUCACUGGAGACAUUGUAAUCGAUGAUUUGUCAUUCAUGGACUGUGCCCUCUACCUUGGUAACUUGCCAGUGGACCUCCCAACUCCACCAGAAAUGUCCGCUCCAGUAACAUUACCUCCACACAACUGUACAGACAAUGAAUUUGUUUGCAGGUCCGAUGGUCACUGUGUUGAAAAAGUCCAGAAGUGUGAUUUUAGAUAUGACCGUCCUGACCAAUCAGAUAAAUCAUUCUGUGUUAUGAAAGUUUGCAGCUUUGAAAAAGAAAGCCUGUGUAAGUGGUACCAAUCAAUUCCAGAAAUGCUAAUUCAAGAUUCAAACACAUUCAGAUGGGGACUUGGUAAUGGAACCAGUAUUCAUCAUGGGGAAGAAAAUCAUAGGCCAUUGGUGGAUCAUACAACAAAUACCACAGAUGGCUGGUACCUGUAUGCUGAUAGUUCAAAUGGAAAAUUUGGUGACAUGGCUGAUAUACUGACUCCUGUUAUUUCACGCAUGGGACCAAAAUGUACCUUGGUGUUCUGGACUCAGAAUGGUGUUACAGUUGGUUCUCUCCAGGUACUCAGCAAGAAAGACAAUGUUACUUCUAAAUUGUGGGCUCAAAUAGGACAGCAAGGUGCGCGGUGGAAGAAAGUAGAAGUGUUUUUAGGUGUUCAAUCAAAUAUACAGAUUGUCUUUAGGGCAAAGUGUGGUACCAAUUACAUGGGAGAUGUAGCAGUGGAUGAUAUUUCCUUUCAAGAUUGUUCCCCUCUACUAGACAGAAAGUGAACUGCUCAAGAAUUCAUGUGUGCAAACAAGCAUUGCAUUGUGAAGGAUAAGCUGUGUGAUUUUGUGAAUGAUUGUGCUGAUAAUUCAGAUGAGACUGCUUUCAUUUGCAGUAAGUGGAAGGAUCCCUGUGAUUUUGAAUUUGACCUUUGUUCUUGGGAGCAGGAGCAGGAUGAUGACUUUGACUGGAAUCUGAAAGUUAGCAGCAUCCCUGCUGUAGGCAUGGAGCCAGCUGCUGAUCACACCAUACGAAAGUCCUCUAGACAUUACAUCUUCAUAAAGAGCUGUUUCCCUCAGCAUCCCAUGAUAGCAGCCAGAAUUUCAAGCCCAGUCAUAAGUAGAUGAAACAAAAACUACAAGAUAAUUUUUCAUUAUCACAUGUAUGGAAAUGGCAUUAGGGCACUUGCCUUGAUCCAGGUAUCAGUCUCGAACCAAACAAGGGUCCUACUUAAACUCACCAUAGAACAAGGCAAUUUCUGGCAGCAGAAAGAACUAUCACUGCCUGGUGAUGAGGACUUCCAACUCAAAUUUGAAGGCAGAGUUGGUGAAGGACACCAUGGGGAUAUUGCCCUGGAUGACAUCGUGCUUACAAAGAGUUGUCUGUCAUUCCAUCAUUCCAUGAAAGAAGAACUCGCAGAACCUCUUCCAACAGGUACAUCUUAUGUUGUGAUUGUUCGAAUGGUCACAGGCACAUCUUUAGAGCCUUUCACCUCCCCCUUGACCAAUAACCAAGAAGGUUUGACUACCUCCCAAGCCCUCUUCCAGGAAUUUAUUGAGAAUGCUUGGACUCGAUUUAUUGAUGGCUUGGCCAGAUUAAGAGCUGCUGGUGUCCACUGGGUGGCAGCAGUCAUCCAGCCCCAAUUUCCAAAGAUUUCUAGAGGCAAGUUGCUCAGCAUAUGUGAAGUAUCUGUGGUUAGAGGGACUGCACGAAUGCUUGUAUAUUUUUGUGGUGGGGAGUUGAGACGGAUGGGAACGAUGACAGAAGAUGAGGCUGGAAAGACAGAAAAAGGACUUUCAAGAGUAUGGCAAGAGAGUGAGCAGAACUCCAGUGGUCAUUGGCAAAAGGCUGUCAUCCUGCUAGGAAAGCUAAGGAAUUUUGAAGUCAUAUUCCAAGGUAUCAGAACAAGAGAUCUAGGAGGAGGAGCUGCAAUUGAUCACAUUGAAUUUAAAAACUGCAUGACUGUGGGAGAGACUUCAGAGAUUUGUCCAGAAGCCACUGAUUUGUUGUGCCACGACAAGAAGUGUAUUGCAUCCCACCGUAUCUGCAACUAUAAACCAGACUGCUCUGAUGGAUCUGAUGAGGCUCACUGUGGCCACUAUACAAGCACAGCAGGAAGUUGCAAUUUUGAAACAACUUCAGGAAACUGGACCAUAGACUGCAGUCAGGACUCUCAAGAUGACUUGGACUGGGCCAUUGGCAACAGAAUUCCUAUGGGAGCAUUGAGUCCAGACUUUGAUCACAUCCCAGGGAGCGGCCAGCACUUCCUAUAUGUCAACUCAUCUGGACUCAAAGAAGGACACAAGGCAAGAGUCACUACUUCCCAGUACUUUCCAGCAAGUCUCAGAAUAUGUACUGUUCGGUUCUGGUUCUACACGGUUGAUCCCAAGAGUAUGGGGAUAUUAAAGUUAUAUACCAUUGAGGAAUCUGGACUAAACAUCCUGGUGUGGUCAGUGAUUGGAAACAAAAGAAGCGGUUGGCGGUAUACACAUGUGCUUCUCUCCAGUAACAGUGCAUUUAAAGUGACAUUUGAAGCUGAUUUGGCUGGAAAUGAGGACAUCUUUAUUGCCCUUGAUGAUAUCACUUUCACCCCAGAAUGUGUCUUUGGAGGCAAGGUUCCCAGGGAACCAUCAUCCUGUGAAGCCCAUCAGUUUUCUUGUAUCUACACACCAGGGAAAUGUAACGGACAGGAAGACUGCAUAGAUGGCUCUGAUGAAAAGGAUUGUUCUCUCAGCCCCCCUCCUCAGUGCUGUGGUGAAAUGGAGAUCCAGUGCUCCAGCAACAAGUGUAUCCCAUCUCUCCUGCUAUGUGAUGGAGUGUCCGACUGUCACUUUAAUGAAGAUGAAUCCAGCUGCUCCAAUGAGAGCUGUUCUGAUAGUGCUUUGAUGUGCACUUCCUCGAACAGCUGUAUCCCAGUUCAUGAGCGCUGUGAUGGUUUUGCCAACUGCGCAGAUUUCCAGCCUGAUGAAUCCAGCUGCUCAGAGUGCCCAUUAGGUUACUGCAGAAAUGGUGGGAAUUGUGUAAUGGAGAAGAACAGUCCUGUGUGUCGAUGUGGACAAGGAUGGAAAGGAAAUCGAUGCCACAUCAAGGUUAACCCUUCCCCUACGGAUUUCAUGAACACUCAGAAUAAUAUAUGGACUCUCCUGGGCAUUGGAUUAGCUUUCCUGAUGACUCAUAUUAUAGUCACAGCCGAGUGUUUUCUUGCAAAUAUAAAAGUACCAGUCAGGAAAACUAAAGGAAGUGUUAACUGUGCAUUUGUUAAUCCAGUUUAUGGGAACUGGAGUGACCCAGAGAAAAGAGAGAGUUCUGUAUACUCCUUCUCAAACCCAUUAUAUGGCACAUCAGGAUGCCUGGAGACCAUAUCUAAUCAUCUGAAAUAG